UCUAGUGCUGCUGGCAGGUCCCAAACAGCCUUGGAAAAAGGGAAAUAUUUGGCCUCGCAAAAAGCCUACAAACCACUGACUCAUGCCAUGAAACUGAAGAUUAUACUCGCUGUGUCGUUGUUUGUUUUCCUGAGCCUCAGUCUUGCCCAAGACCAGAGAAAUCCAUUGGCAAGAGGGAACAGAAGAAGAGCAAACCAAAAAAGGGGCAGAAAGUUGAAUUCUAGGGUCUCGGCACAACGUGACAGGCUGCCAGUGAAUGAUGGAGAUGACGGAGGGACCAUUUUCAUCGACUCUUACAAGAGUAUCGAUGAGAAAGAGCCCAAAUACAAUGUCAUUCCAGGGAAAACAGGCCAGUGUGUAUUCCGGGGAAUCACCAUGUUUGAAAAAGCUGUAUGGUCUCCAAAACCAUGUGUCACCUGUCUGUGCUCCAACGGGGCAGUAAUCUGUGAUGAGAUUACCUGUCCUGCUCUGCGAUGCCACCUCACAUUUACACCCACAGGAGAGUGUUGCCCAGUCUGCAUGGACUCAGUCCUUGACGCCCCUGAACUCUCUGGCGAUUUCCCAGAGCCUGAUGACCCUGUCGAGCUUGAUCCUGCCAGGCCUCGUACUCAGGAAGAGAUCGAUGACAUCCUAAGAAAAGAAGAAGAAGAGCACAGGAGAGAGGAAGAGCACCUUCGUAAGAAAGAUGCAGAAAGAAAAAGACGGAAGAAAAAGAAGAAGGAGGAAGAGAGGCUGAGAAAAAUCCUGGAAGAACAAGAGCGUAAAGAGGCUUUGAGGAAAAAGGAACUAGAGAGACAAAAGGAGGAAGAACGAAGACGGCUGAGGGAGGAGGCAGAGGAGCUAGCAGCAGCAGAGGAGAAGAAAAGAAGGGAAUAUGAACAAAAGAGAGCUGAGGAGGAGAGACUGAGGAUGUUGGAAAUGGAACAGAGGGAGCUCCUGAGAGCUCUGGAGGAAGCAGCAGAGAGAGCAGAUGAAGGGGGGAGAAAUGUGGAGGACGAUGAGGAAGAGGAGGAGAUUGUAUGGUUGAGAGGGGAUGUUUUCCAAAUGCCCCCGCCUGAACCCACCCCUGUGGAACUCCCCCCCUUUCUUGAGUCCUCAGAGUCAAAUGAAGAGGAGCCUGAGAGGGUCACCUAUUCACUCCCCAAAGGCUGUACCAUCUCUGAUGUAAUAGUUUCCUGUGAGAACGCCAAACUGACCAGCAUUCCUCCUUUGUCUAUCCCUGAGCUAAAAUCUCUAAGUUUAGAGGGUAAUGAAAUCACAACCAUUCCAGCUGGAGCCUUCAACGGUGUUCCAAACUUGGAGUGGAUAGAGUUUGGUAAAAAUAAGAUUUCGUCAUCUGGCAUUGACCCCCAGGCUUUCAAAAACCUUAAAUUCCUAAAACGACUCUACAUGGAUGGAAAUCCUCUGGAACAGAUUCCCUCAGAUCUUCCUCCAACACUUGAAGAGCUAAAGAUCAAUGAGAACAACCUUCGAGGGAUAGAUGAAAAUAGCUUUCAGGGUCUGAGCCAUCUGCUAACAUUAGAGAUGGAGGGAAAUCUGCUGAGUGAAGGAAACGUGGACCCCCAGGCCUUUGCACCAUUAAAAGAACUCAACUAUCUACGACUGGGUAGAAACCAUUUCCGCACUGUACCUCAAGGUCUACCGAUGUCUCUGCUUGAGCUGCAUCUUGAGAACAAUUUGAUUGAAGAAAUACCUGAAACAGCUUUCAAUAAUACCAAAAACCUGAAUGUAAUUGUCCUGAGACACAAUAAAAUAGAGGAGUCCCGAAUUGCUCCCUUAACGUGGAUAAAUCACAGGAACCUGGAAUCAAUAGAUCUUUCCCACAACAAGCUCUACCUAGUUCCAUCCUUCCUGCCAAAGUCUUUGGUUCACCUGGUGUUGGUUGGCAAUCAGAUUGAGAGGAUUCCAGGGUAUGUGUUUGCCCAUAUGGAACCAGGCCUUGAGUACCUAUACCUCUCAUACAACAAGCUGGAUGGUGAUGGCACUGAGCCUGAGUCAUUCUUCGGCACUCUAAAUACUAUGACAGAGCUGUGCCUGGACCACAACCAGCUAAUCACUGUCCCAGCCGGGAUCAACGAGAUGACUUCCUUGCAUUUUCUUCGACUGAACAACAACAAAAUAAGGCACAUUGCAACAGAUGCUAUUUGUGAUCCCCUGAAUGAUGAGGACUCCCAUCUUGUGGCAGUGCGUCUUGAGAACAAUUUCAUCGACCCCCGGAAAAUUCCACCCACAGCCUUCUCCUGUGUUAGAUCCUACUCCAGUGUUGUUUUGAAGCCUCAGAGGAUCAAGUAA